GAGAAAGAUAUUUUUAGAGAGAGAGAGACAGAGAAAGGGGUAAGUAGUAUUAUGUGCAACGAAGAUACUUCUCCUCUCCAACACAGCUCUAUGAUCGACACAAAACCCACUCUGACCCUUAAACCCUCUCGCAAAACCCGAUCCAAGACCCGGAAACCCAAGUUCCUCAGCCUCCGCCUAGAGCUGACCCAGCAAUCCGGCGAAAUGACCACCACGACAAUCUCCGCAGCCACGCGCCGCCAGCUCAACCUUUUCCCACUCCACCCAGAAACCUCAUCAGUCGAAGAAAAGGACACCGUGGCAUACUUCUUCGACUCCGCGGACGGCGGCGCCACCACCCUCACCACCCUCCUCGGCACCGGAUCUUCGUCGGAGGACGACACCACCGCCGUGUCGCCGCCCUCGCUAACGUACGCCUACGGGGGGCAGGAUAGCGAGGAGGAGGGGAAGUUGCUGGUACGGACGGCUCUGAGGAACAAGGAAAGAGACGCGAGUGAAGAGAAGUGGGUGUCCUAUUCGGAGGUUGUAGAGAGAAAAGAUGAGGAAGUUACUAGCUGUGCCGCGGACCUACGGUGUGGAGCAAGGAAGAUGAAAGGGUUGUCGUUGAAGCUUGAUUAUCAGGAGAUCUUGAAUGCUUGGUGUGAUAAGGGCCCACUUUAUAUUCAGCUGGAGUCUCCACAAACCGUCCCUGAUCUCCACGAUGACUCUUCUAAUGGGUUGAAGGAUGGUCGGGGAAGUAAUGGAGGGUUGUGGACAGUUCCAGAAUAUAGCAUUAGCAAUGGCUGUGAUGAUAGUGGCAAUAAUAUCAAAGUAAAAGAGGAAGUAGUAUUACAAGGUGGAGGAGAGGAGUGGAAGUUAGGGCAAAGAGAAGCUAGUGUGUUGAGGUACAAGGAGAAGAGACAGAACAGGCUUUUCUCCAAACGUAUCCGUUAUGAAGUUCGAAAAAUCAAUGCAGAGAAGCGUCCUCGUAUGAAGGGGCGAUUUGUGAAGAGAAGUUGAAAAGUUAUAAAAUGUUGGACAUGUUAAAUUGUAGUCAUCAUAAGGAUUAAAGAGCAUGUUCUUUUGUGUGCAUUUUUUUUUUUUUCCGGGUUUUUUUCAGGUUGCUUGUUACAUUGUAAAGGAAGUGAUAAAUGGCAUGGCAAGUCCAAAAAAAACAUUGCACCCAAGAAAAAAAUUAAAAUUGUAGAGGUAUUGUAAAAUUCUGCAGAAUAAACCAAAAGAAUAAUACAUGCAUUAGAUCAGAUAAUUUGAGUUAAUAUUACCUAUCAA